UCUUCAUCUUGUCUCAGUGACAGCUUCACUCGGAUCACAAGCGAGAACCCUACUCCACUGGAAGUCCACCCUUGACGGCCGGCAAUUCCUUGAAUCCUGGAAUCUCAGCUCUAAUCCGUGCAAUUGGACUGGAGUUACGUGCAACCUUACGCACAGAGGCCGCCCCGUCAUCACCGACAUAUCCCUGCAGAGUAUGAGCUUGCAAGGGACACUCGAUGCUCUCAACUUCUCAACGCUGAGAUCACUCGUCAGUCUCGACCUCCCUUACAAUCAGCUCGAUGGCAUCAUUCCUCCAACCAUCUCGGUUCUCUCCAACCUUGUAUAUCUUGAUCUCAUAGGCAACCGGUUCUCGGGCGAACUCCCGGUCGAGAUCGGAUCUAUGAAGGCGCUCCAGUUCCUAUAUCUCAAUAAGAAUCAGUUAAGUGGUUCUGUCCCUCCAUCCUUGAGCAAUCUUACCGGGCUUCUGCACUUGCAUCUACGAGAUAAUAAGUUUACAGGUUUCAUACCUGAGGAGCUUGGAAGACUUCAGAAGUUGGAGUAUAUCACACUUGGGAAGAACCAACUCUCUGGCUUCAUCCCUCCCAGUUUAGGGAACUUAACGAACCUAUACCACUUGUCUCUCUAUAUAAAUCGGUUGUCUGGUCGAUUGCCUCCCGAGUUGAGCAACAUCACAGGUUUGACAGCGAUUCUUAUGUCAGACAACUUCUUCUCCGGUGACUUGCUUCCAAACAUAUGCAGAGGAAGAAUCCUACAGUAUCUCGCACUGAGCAACAACAGAUUAAGAGGUCAACUUCCCGAGACCUUAAAGAACUGUACGGGAUUGCUCAGAGUCCGUCUCGAGCAUAACCAACUCACGGGGGAUGUAUCACAACAUCUUGGAGUGUAUCCACAUCUUUCUUAUAUGGAUUUAAGCUUCAAUCGGCUAUCAGGUGCACUCUCACCGGAAUGGGGAAGAUGGGACAAUCUCUCCUUCCUGGCAAUCUCAAAUAACAACAUCACCGGAACCAUUCCACCAGAAUUCGGCAAGCUAAAAGGACUACGAGGACUGGACCUUUCUUCCAACUACAUACAGGGGGAGAUUCCAAAGAGCUUGGGCAGGCUACCUCAUCUCUACAAGCUGAACCUGAGCUGCAAUCGACUCGGCGGAGAGGUACGAAUAGAGUUUGGAAGGAUGCCCGACCUUGAAAUCCUUGAUCUAUCAGUUAACAGCUUGACAGGAAGAAUACCGUCUCAAAUCGGCAAUUGUCUCAAGCUCCGCUCGCUGAAGCUUAAUGGCAACAAGUUCGGCGGAGGAAUUCCUCCGGAGAUCAGCAGCCUGGAGUACCUUCAAGACGCAUUGGACAUCAGCCACAACUCACUAACGGGUGAGAUACCCUCACAGUUCAGCAAAUUUACGAUGCUGCAAAUUCUGAAUCUUUCACAUAAUAAUUUGUCCGGUGGUCUUCCAUCUUCCUUAAGUGCUUUGAUCAGCUUAUUAAUCAUUGAUGUAUCAUAUAAUGAAUUGGAGGGGGCUGUGCCUGAGAGCCCAGUCUUCCGUAAAGCUCCGGCGAAGUGGUUUGUCCACAACAAAGGUUUGUGUGGGGUCGUCAAAGGCCUGCCUCCAUGUCUUUCUUAUACUGCAAGGAAAGAUGAUGGAAGCAAGCACCACAGAGCAAUUAUCUCAGCUAUCAUUGCUUCCGUGGUCGUCUUAUUCAUCCUAGUUUUUCUUGGAGCGUUUUUACUGUUCCAGAAGACCAAGAAACAUUCCAUGCCUUACGAAGAAAAUGGCAACAAAGAAGGCAUUGCAUUCUGUGUAUUUAACUUUGAUGGAAGAUAUGCAUACAAGGAUAUCGUUGCAGCCACAGAGGAUUUCAAUGAAAAAUACUGUAUCGGAAGUGGUGCAUAUGGCAGCGUUUACAGAGCAGAAUUAGCAAGCGGGCAGAUGCUAGCAGUGAAGAAAAUUCACCUGCAGGAAGACGAAACUACAUCGAAUGAGCAAUCCUUUCAAAACGAGAUACAUACUCUUUCUCAAAUUCGACAUCGAAAUAUCGUCAAGCUCUACGGAUUCUGCUCCUCUGCUCGACACAAGUUUCUGGUGUACGAGUACAUGGAGAGAGGAAGUUUGGGAUCCCUCCUCAGAAGCGAAGCAGCAGCUGCCGAACUGGACUGGGUGAAGAGGGUGAACAUCGUCAAAGAUGUGGCUCGUGCUCUGUCCUACAUGCAUCAUGAUUGCGAUCAGCCCAUUGUUCAUCGAGAUAUAACCACCAACAAUAUUCUGCUCGAUUCAGAACUCAAGGCUUGUGUUUCUGACUUCGGUAUUGCUCGACUCCUGAAGCCAGAUUCAUCAAAUUGGAGCAUGCUUGCCGGCACAUAUGGUUACUUGGCACCGGAGCUUGCUUAUGCGAUGAGAGUGACCACCAAAUGCGAUGUGUACAGUUUCGGAGUGGUCACGCUUGAGUUGCUAAUAGGCGGACAUGGGGAAGAACUCGUUUCUGUUCUGUCAUCGCCUUCGUCGCCGAAAAACACGCUUGUGAAAGAUGUGUUAGACCAGCGUCCAUCACUUCCGACGACGGAGGUUGCAGACGAGGUAGCUGCAGUCUUCAUGUUGGCACUUUGCUGCGUGGAACAUGACCCAGAGUCACGCCCAACAAUGAAGCAGGUCUUUGGAACCCUAUCGACUCUCGACACACCACCAAGUCUCCCUUCUCUCGAUGUGCUCAAGCUUUCUGACUUGAUGAAUGCUAAAAUAUGAUCGACUAUAUGGACUCCGUUCUCCGGCCGUGCCAUCAAGUCAUCACGUCGGCUAAAUUAGGGGUUGUUGUUCACUUCAUAUGACCAAGCAUUUUUCGUAGUAAGAAGCUGAUGAUGUAGUGGAGGCAAGUGGUAAAGACCUGCCCAUUCUGCUGUGGCAUAAAGAGCUUCCUAAAGGUAGUUUGGUUGACAUGAAUUGACUUCACUCUCAGAGGUCCCAUCAUAAAGGAUUACGCAUCUUACCUUUUGUGAAGCUGUAAAGUAGACAAUGACUGCUUACAAGGCAAGGAGUCAUCAGAGGAGGGAAAGAAAUGUGAGAUGAAUUGUAUGGUUGUGAAAUCACUAUAACAAAUCUAGUGACAUGCAGUUGUCCCGUGUUGUUCGAUUACUCUUCCA